GCCCAGUGCACCUCAUUGAGACUCACUACCAGCCCGCCCCUUCAAGAUGAAAUUUUCUCCUUUGGUUUCUCUUGUCGGCCUCAUCGUCGCUGUCAUGUCUAACCAAGUGCUUGCCGCCACCAACGCCACCAACGCCGCCGACAAUAAUUUUGCCGCUUCCUGCAGUCGCAUCGGCCUCUCCGACGGUCACAUAUUGACCGCUACAUGCGGAGAUGGCCACGGCAACAACGUCGCUUCAUCUACGGAUCUGAACUUCUGCAUUGCCAACGCUGGCGGAAAUCUACGUUGCCAGGUCAAUGGUAACUACUUGGCCAGCUGUGGCGGUUGUAGCUUGCAAGGCACCUUUCUCCAGUGCUCCUGCGGCGGGGUUAGCGGCGAAGCUUCCGUUGAUACCAAUGGAUGUAUUGGGAAUGCAGGCGGACAGCUAGUUUGCCAGCCGUAAAGCCAUUGACGGCCACCCCCGGUGUAACAGACAUUACGGAGGCAUUCAUUGCGCUAUCAGCAUGAAAUAACCGUUGUUGUACAAUAGAUUCAUUUGUAUCUA